AUGGGCGGCACCGCGAAGAUCGACGUGGACGAAUGGCGCGCGAACACGAUUUACGAGGGCGGCUACGACGCGGAUUCGCCGCAAGUUCGCUGGCUCUGGCGGCUCGUCGGUAAGUUCACCCCGGAGGAGCGGACGCUGUUGCUAAAGUUCGUCACCGGGUCGUCGAGGAUGCCCGCGGGCGGGUUCGCGCAGCUGCAAGGGAUGAACGGCGUGCGUCUGUUCGAGGUCAUGCGCGUGGCCGCGGGGUGGACCGAGGGCGGCGGCGGCGGCGGCGGCGGCGGCGGCGGCGGCGGCGGCGGCGGCGGCGGCGGCGGCGGCGGGUCGUACGCGUUGCCGACGGCGUCCACGUGUUUUAACACGCUGCGAUUGCCCGCGUACCCGAGCUACGACGUGCUCGAGCAGCAGGUCACGACCGCGCUGCGGCACGGCGUCGAGGGGUUCGCGUUCGAUUGA